AUGAGUCCAACUUGUCCAGAUAAACGGGGCGCCUUUCCCGGCGAGGAUGGAAGCCAACGCGCGCCACGACCAGCACCACCGCCUUUGCCUCCCCGGCCAGCAGGAUGGAAAUCCAACAAGAGUAACCCGAGACCCCAAGCCGCGAGCGCCAGUGAUUUUGGCCAAGCUUCGCAGCGCCAUCUACAAAGCGAUGGCACUGGCUUUGAAAGACAGCCGGCGCCAUACUCUGGCGGCGGAUUCCAACCUCGGGACCAGCCUUUGUUUGAAAGGCAAAGAUGGCCCUAUCAGCUCUCUCAGGGCCAGAUGUUGGACAAGGAAAAUACUUUAUACAGCAGCGUGCCACGGCAGAUAUCGGAGACUGGCGCAUACCAGCCAGCGCCGUCUGGCCAGUCUACAGCUCAGGACAGCACAUCCCCGCGAGCAUCCACCGUCCAGCAAGCUCGAGGCAGUGACGAUCCGCCGAAUGCUGCAACAGCUCAAUGGGAUCCGUUGUAUUACUCCAACGGAACCCCGACUGCUGUCCUGACGGAACUGCUAGACGAGGUGUUUCGCUGUCUCGACCCGCAGCAAACGGGGUACAUCCGACCCGAGACCUACUCGUCUUUCCUCACGGCCAUCGGAUGGCCCGAGACUCAGGAUCUGUGGAAGUUGGGCAUGAAGCCCGGCAUCGGGCACACAGCCGAGGACGCGGGGGACAUGUUCUUCACAAACUUCCUGAGAGCUCUUGACAUUGAGCACACCUACACCAGACGCCAUGCGGGGCUCCUCAUCCCCGGCAGCCUUGGUAUGCCGUGGAUCACGGGCAGGGGCUUCAGAGACCUGUUUGUAUUCGAGUUUGCCGCCGAGCCGCUGCUUGCCCCUGCGUGCCUGGACAGACUUGUCCGGGUGUACGGUCUGAGUCGGGGCCGCGGCCUGAUACCAAGAGAGUGCUGUCUGCGGAGAAAGCCGGCUGAGGUGGCGGAGCGCGAGCGCGUAGCUGGCGAGAGGGCUCGCGCUGGAAACUUGGAGCUGCUGGAAGCUAUGCGUCUUCAUUGCGAGAUUUCCAAGAGGGGCAGGGAUAAUGCGAAGGAGCUUUUGUCGCCGUAUUGGUAUACGACUCGGGCGUAUGGGGGUGGCUGGUAUAAUGACUUGAUUUGA